AUGAUGCGUCAGCUGCACGACGGUAUGAUGGCGCGAGUCACGGACAACGGAGCUGUCUCAGAGGCAUUCGCAGUGACCAACGGAGUGAAGCAGGGAUGCGUGCAGGCGCCUACCCUUUUCAGUUUUAUGUUCUCUGCCAUGCUGAUUGACGCCUACCGCGACGAACUCCCCGGGAUCCGCAUCGCCUACAGGACGGACGGUCACCUCCUGAAUCAACGGCGGAUGCACUUCCAAUCGCGUGUAUCCACAGCCACCGUGCACGAACUUCUCUUCGCCGACGACUGCGUCUUCAAUGCAACUACUGAAGGAGGUAUACAACGGAGCAUGGACCUCUUCUCCGCCGCCUGCGAGAACUUUGGGCCGGUCAUCAACACGCAGAAGUCGAUGGUCAUGCAUCAGCCGCCACCCAACACAGCCACUUAUCCUAACGCGUCGACUCCUCAAAUCAGUGUGAACAGAACCCAACUGCUAGUGGUGGAGAACUUCCCGUACCUGGGCAGUACCCUCUCCCGCAGCAUCAAAAUUGCUGACGAAAUCGCCCGCAGGAUUUCAGAUGCCCAUCAUGCCUUCGGUCACUUCCAAAUCACUGUCUGGAAUCGUCACGGUCUCCAGCUCAGCACGGAGCUGAAGAUGUACAAGGUCGUAUUCCUGUGGACGCUGCUAUACGGAACGGAGACUUGGACAGUGUACACGAAGCCGGCACGCCGACCGAACCACUUCAACCUCAGUUUUCCUCGUCGCAUCCUGAGACUGCGCUGGCAGGAUCGAAUCCCCAACACUGAUGUACUGGAACGGACGGGAAUCCUCAGUAUCUACACCAUGCUGAGACAAAUGCAGCUGCGUUCGAGCAGCGCCCUGGUGCGAAUGGACGAAGAGCGACUACCGAAACGACUCUUCUACGGUGACGUCGCCACGGGUUCUCGUCGCCAAGGAGGCCAAAUUCUCCGUUACAAGGAUACACUGAAGUCCUCCCUGAAGCGUCUGCAAAUUAACCCGACAAACUUGGAAGACGUCGCCCUCCACCGACCGACCGAUUUGGAGGAGGACAGUGAAGACAGGCGCUGCGAUCUAUAA